AAGGCGCGUGCGCGCCGCGUAGGGUGGAAACAGGGGCUCUAGGGUGUGAAUUUUCUGGCGCGGCCGGAAGUGUCCGGAGAGACCUGAGCGCAGCGUCCGAUUUCUCUCCCGCACCCCCCGCCCCUCACCCACUGCGGGCACUAUGGAACCGGGAGCUUGAAGGAGGAGCUGCUUGCCUUUGCCCCAGACAUGCUAGCCGGCCCCCUUGGUGCAGGUACAGUCUACUCUGCAGUAUAGAGGCAUUAUGUACUCAGAGUGGCGGUCCCUACAUCUUGUACUUCAAAAUGAUAAGGGUCACACCAGUGUACUUCACAGCUAUCCUGACAAUGUGGGGAGAGAAGUGGCAAAUGCUGUUGUGCGUCCCCUUGGCCAAGUCUUAAAUGCUCCAUCAGCAGCUGGCAGUGAGAGUUUACUGAAAACAGACAAAGAAGUAAAAUGGACCAUGGAGGUAGUUUGUUAUGGACUGACCCUCCCUUUAGACGGUGAUACUGUAAAGCACUGCGUUGAUGUGUACACAGACUGGAUUAUGGCUCUGGUCUUUCCUAAGGACUCAAUUCCUCUACCUGUUAUUAAAGAACCAAACCUUUAUAUUCAGAGCAUUCUCAAACAUCUACAAAAUCUAUUUGUACCAAGGCAGGAUCAGGGUACCAGUCAGAUUAAACUAUGUCUUCAAGUUUUGAAAGCUGUCCAGAAAUUGGCUCGUGAGUCAAGCACUAUGUCUAGAGAAACAUGGGAGGUUUUAUUAUUGUUUCUACUACAGAUUAAUGAUAUUCUGCUGGCAGCUCCAACAGUGCAAGGCGGUAUUGCUGAGAAUUUGGCAGAGAAGCUGAUUGGUGUGCUGUUUGAAGUCUGGUUACUAGCCUGUUCCCGGUGCUUCCCCACGCCACCUUAUUGGAAAACUGCCAAAGAGAUGGUAGCAAACUGGAGGCAUCAUUCUGCAGUGGUGGAGCAAUGGAGCAAAGUAAUCUGCGCCCUUACAGCCAGAUUGCUACGUUUUACAUACGGGCCGUCGUUCCCACCUUUUAAAAUCCCUGAUGAAGAUGCCAGUCUGAUUCCUCCUGAAAUGGAUAAUGAGUGUGUUGCCCAGACUUGGUUUCGCUUUUUACAUAUGCUGAGUAAUCCUGUGGAUUUGAGUAAUCCAGCAAUUAUAAGCUCAACCCCCAAAUUUCAGGAACAGUUCCUGAAUGUGAGUGGAAUGGCUCAGGAAUUGAAUCAGUAUCCCUGCCUUAAACAUCUGCCUCAAAUAUUCUUUCGUGCUAUGCGUGGGAUCAGUUGCUUAGUGGAUGCAUUUUUAGGAGUUGCUGUCUUUACAACCAGUGGGUGUGAAAGAUUACCCAGAUAUGGUAUUUCAAGGCCUCGGGCAGAUAGUGCUCCGCCCACACCAGUAAACAGAUUGAGCAUGCCCCAAACUACAGCUGUCAACACAACUCCACCUCACAACCGAAGGCAUCGAGCUGUAACUGUAAAUAAGCCAAUGCUGAAAAACAGCACAGCUAACACCGCUCACGCUUCCAAAGUACAACACCAGCCAUCUUCCACUUCUCCACUAUCGAGCCCAAACCAGACUAGUUCUGAGCCUCGACCGCUUCCUGCUCCCCACAGGCCAAAAGUCAACAGUAUAUUGAACCUCUUUGGAUCGUGGCUAUUUGAUGCAGCCUUUGUUCACUGUAAGCUUCAUAAUGGAAUUAACAGAGACAGCAGUAUGACUGCAUCUUUUAUCCAAAUUCUUCUUUCUUAUAAAUCUUCUAUAGCAACACAAGCUAGUGUGGAGUUUCGCCGGAAAGGAUCACAAAUGUCUGCAGACGCUAUGACAUCCAAUCCCAUGUUUGAUGCAGGCGAGUUUUCAGACAACUAUGAAUCGGGCAGAGCAGAGGCAUGUGGAACACUUUGUAGGAUAUUUUGUAGCAAAAAGACUGGGGAGGAUAUACUGCCAGCCUACUUAUCCCGAUUUUACAUGCUUUUAAUUCAGGGUUUGCAGAUAGCGGAUUCCGUUUGCCAUCCGGUUCUGGCUAGCGUUAUUCUAAACUCUCCUGCAUUAUUCUGCUGUGACCUGAAAGGGAUUGAUGUCUUAGUUCCAUACUUUAUUUCAGCCAUGGAAACUAUAUUACCUGACAGGGAACUCUCAAAAUUUAAAACAUACGUGAAUCCUACAGAAUUAAGAAGAGCCUCUAUCAAUAUCUUACUCUCCUUGUUGCCACUUCCCCAUCAUUUUGGAACCAUAAAAUCAGAGGUUGUUCUGGAAGGAAAAUUCAGCAACGAUGAGAGCUCAUCCUAUGAUAAACCAGUAACUUUCCUUUCCUUGAAACUGAGGCUUGUGAAUAUACUAAUAGGAGCACUGCAGACAGAAACUGAUCCCAACAACACCCAGAUGAUACUAGGUGCAAUGCUGAACAUUGUGCAAGAUUCUGCGCUCCUAGAAGCCAUCGGCUGCCAGAUGGAGACGAAUGGCGGCGAGAAUACUGUCUUGAAGAGCCACAGUCGUACUAACAGCGGCAUUAGCACGGCAAGUGGAGGAAGCACAGAGCCCACUACUCCUGACAGUGAGAGACCAGCGCAGGCUCUGUUAAGGGAUUAUGCUCUUCAUACAGAUACAGCUGCCGGACUCCUGAUUCGCAGCAUUCAUCUGGUAACACAAAGACUCAAUGCACAGUGGCGGCAGGAAAUGAGCAUCUCAUUAGCUGCACUAGAGCUUCUUUCUGGUUUGGCAAAGGUGAAGGUUGGUGUUGAUUCUUCUGACAGGAAGAGAGCAAUUAGCUCUGUGUGCUGUUAUAUUGUGUACCAGUGCAGUCGUCCAGCUCCUCUCCACUCCAGAGAUCUGCACUCCAUGAUCGUAGCGGCAUUUCAGUGUCUGUGUGUCUGGCUCACAGAACAUCCAGACAUGCUUGAUGAAAAGGACUGUUUAAAAGAAGUAUUGGAGAUUGUGGAACUGGGCAUCUCAGGAAGUAAGUCCAGGAACAGUGAACAAGAAUUCAAGAACAAAGGAGAUAAGGAGCCCAAUCCUGCUUCCAUGAGGGUGAAGGAUGCAGCUGAAGCCACUCUCACAUGCAUCAUGCAAAUACUUGGAGCAUUUCCUUCACCCAGUGGCCCUGCCUCACCUUGCAGCUUGGUGAAUGAAAUCACAUUAAUUAAAUGCUCCCGUCUUCCUUCCAUAAACAAAUUCAGCUUCCGCUACUUCGUCUUGGACAACAGCGUCAUCCUUGCAAUGUUGGAGCAGCCUCUAGGGAAUGAGCAAAAUGACUUUUUCCCUUCAGUCACAAUUUUGAUCCGUGGGAUGUCCGGAAGACACGCCUGGGCCCAACAACUUUGCCUCUUGCCUAGAGGAGCCAAGGCAAAUCAAAAGAUGUUUGUCCCAGAGCCUCGUCCUGCACCUAAGAAUGAUGUUGGACUCAAAUACAGCGUGAAACACCGGCCAUUUCCUGAGGAAGUGGACAAGAUUCCUUUCGUGAAAGCAGACCUGAGCAUUCCAGACUUGCAUGAAAUAGUUACAGAGGAACUGGAGGAGCGGCAUGAGAAGCUGAGAAACGGUAUGGAUCAGCAAGUUCUUUAUGAGAAGUCUAUAGAUCAGCAGAUGGAGGAAGACUGGAGAAAGAAGAAUUUCCCUGACCCAGUCACAGAGUGUAAGCCGCCGCCUCCUGCACAGGAGUUCCAAACAGCACGCCUUUUCCUCUCUCACUUUGGAUUUCUGUCACUAGAAGCACUGAAGGAACCUGCUAACAGCAGACUACCUCCUCACCUGAUUGCACUUGAUUCUACUAUACCCGGGUUUUUUGAUGACAUUGGCUACCUGGAUUUACUACCAUGUCGUCCUUUUGAUACAGUUUUCAUUUUCUAUAUGAAGGCAGGUCAGAAAACAAGCCAAGAAAUUUUGAAGAAUGUAGAGUCUUCCAGAAAUGUCCAGCCACACUUCCUAGAGUUCUUGCUCUCCCUUGGCUGGUCAGUUGAUGUAGGGAAACACCCUGGAUGGACGGGGCAUGUCUCAACUAGCUGGUCCAUUAACAGUUUCUGUGAUGAGGAGGGAUCUGAGCAAGAUGAAAUAAUUCCUUCAGAAGACAUUGGGGCAAGUAUCUUCAAUGGGCAAAAGAAAGCACUAUAUUAUGCAGAUGCUCUUACAGAAAUAGCUUUUGUGGUUCCCUCACCUGUGGAGUCCUUAACUGAUUCCUUGGAAAGCAAUGCUUCAGACCAGGAAAGUGACUCCAAUAUGGAUCUUCUGCCUGGAAUACUAAAGCAGCCUGCACUGACACUUGAGCUCUUCCCCAAUCAUACAGACAAUCUCAGUUCUUCGCAGAGGCUCAGUCCAACUUCCAGAUGCAAGAGGUUACCGCAUGGUCGGGCUGUUCCACCAAUGGGACCUGAAACCAAGGUGUAUGUGGUCUGGGUUGAACGUUAUGAUGAUAUAGAGAACUUCCCUCUCUCCGACUUGGUUUCAGAGACCAGCACUGGAGUAGAAACUACAACAAACAGCAGCACUUCAUUGAGGUCCGCCACUCCUGAAAAAGAGGUUCCAGUGAUUUUCAUCCACCCCCUAAAUACUGGAUUGUUCAGGGUUAAAGUGCAAGGAGCUACUGGGAAAUUCAACAUGGUCAUCCCACUGGUGGAUGGAAUGAUAGUAAGCAGGAGAGCAUUAGGCUUCUUAGUGAGACAGACAGUAAUAAAUAUCUGUCGAAGAAAACGGCUGGAAAGUGACUCGUACAAUCCUCCACAUGUCCGUCGAAAACAGAAAAUAGCUGACAUUGUCAAUAAAUACAGGAACAAACAGCUGGAGCCAGAGUUUUAUACCUCUCUUUUCCAGGAGGCUGGGCUCAAAAACUGCAAUCCUUAGACCAAUAUCCUCCUUGAACAAUUAGAUCAGAGCUUGGUGUCUACGGUAUUUGGGGGGGGGGCCCUUCCCCACCCUGCAAGUCCUGUAUAAAGAAACCACAACCUGAGCAUGACUUCUGCUUCUGCUGCAAGGAAGAAAUGAAGACACAAUAUAGGCACUUUCCCUGAAAACCAGCUUCACUCCAUCAGCUGCUGCAGAGGGACAAACUUUCACCAUCAGUCACUAUUUAGUAACAUGUAGUGGAUGUGUAGUAGAGAGAGGGGGGUUAACUGCACUUCUCAUAGCUUUCUAUGUUGACCUAAAAUGCCAGAUUCUGAACAUAAAGAACUAGUACCUGAAGUUUGGUGCUUGGCUUCAUAGCAGGUUGGGUUCAGGUGCAUUUUUUCCCCAGACAGAGACCAUGAAAUUGCAAUAAAUUAUUGUGCUAUAUCUUGUUUGGUUUGCUUUCCCACCUGCAAGCAGGCCUAUUUAUUUAUUUUUAGCCCCACUCAGAGGCUCCAUUUCUGAUUCUCCUCCUCUAGAUACCAGAUGCAUGUACCCGUGGGUCUGUUGCUCAAAGUUUCUUUACCUUUGUAGGUUGCAGGCACCCUCUACCUACUGCUGGCCAGUCCAGGAUAAAAGCUCUGGGGUGAGGGAUGGGGAAGCAAAGAAGGUUGGCUCUUUGAGCUAAGGAUGGUCCAUUUAAGUCAGCUUUGAGACAAAGAAAAGCCUGUAUAGUGGUUCAUCCCAAUUGUAUUUAUGACCAGUACAUAAUUUCACCUGUAUCUUAUGAAUGCUAAAAAUGUGAUUUCUCAUCUGACCAGUCCACCCUUAUAGAAAGAAGUGAAAUCCUUAUCCUGGAAAAGGUGCAAUCAGAAUGUGUGUCCAUCUCUGCAUGUAAGAACUAGUUACAACCACCCUUGUGAAAUCUGAUUUCUGAAUUGCAAAUGUUCUUUACAGAAAGGGAUAGAUGCUUCUUUUCAUGUCCCACAGUUCGUUCAUUCAUUUUACUGAAAGAGAUGGGUUUCUUUUUUAAAAAAAGGAAUUAUUCAAACCUUGGCACACCAUAGCUGUCCAAUGUCAUUGGAAGUGAAGACCCAUGCAAGUUAAAUGUAAGGUCAUUAAAAAGUGUACUAGAAAUUAUCUGAUAAUUGUUACAAGUGUUUGAAAUUAAAUGGUUUCAUCCUUGCUUUGCACUGAUAUCAGUCUGGAACCAUAUAUUACAUGCAUGGCUUCUGCCCAAAACAACCGGCAACGUUGUUCCCACCCUUAACAUCUAGUAAUACAAAGUCAAGCAGCUUCAAAUUUCCCUGGUGUUCCUCCACUUCAUUGGCUAAUGUGUGUUGUAUUACUGGAUGUUACUGGAGAGGAAAGAAAUAGCUACCCUGUGCAGAUUUAAAGAAUAAAUUUUUAGAUCACUUGGUUUUAUUGUGCUUGAUACUUGGAUGCAAGGCAGGGUACCAUUUUCUUAAUAAAACCUUUAUUGAAGCUGAUAAAACCUUUUAAAAAUCUACCUGCACAUUUUAUAAAUGGAGACCGUGUUUUCCAAAAGGGAAUCCAGAAAAUAAUGCCUUGUGCAAGAACUUUCUGGAUAGCUA